AUGUCGUGCGAACCGGGCUCCUUGGUGGCCCUGAUAUCGGGUGUCUCCGGAGGUGUUUCGUUUGCGUCGUGGCUAGUGGCUCUCCUUCCUCAGUUGCUCGAGACAUAUAAGACCAAGUCCGUGGAGGGCUUAUCGCCAGUGUUUGUGCUGAUCUGGUUCCUCGGUGACGUGUUCUCGUUUGCCGGAUGUGUGCUCACGGAGCAGAUGUUUUUCCAGUACCUGCUGGCGAGCUACUUCCUGAUGAACGACAUGAUCAUGCUGGGCCAGUACUACUACUAUGGUUACCACUGCAAGAAACACCAUCACAAGUUCCAUCACCUGCACACUGGCCACAGCCAUAGCUGUGAGGACCCUGAGUACGGGGCCACGUCGUCACACACAGCGUCCACUGCUGGUGCCAUUGCAAGAGCGUCGAUUCCAGCUGUUGUUGUUGCUUCGCAGGUUGGUUCCUCAGAGGCCCGUCAACUGUUGACCACGGGAGGCUAUAUCGCCUUGCAGCAGACCAAUUAUAAGUUCGUCUUGGGCACGGUGUUUGCAUGGAUCAGUGCUGCUCUGUACUUCUUCUCCAGAGUACCACAAUUGUGGAGAAACUACAAGAGGAAAUCCACUGACGACGUUUCCCCCUUCCUCUUUGGGUGCUGUCUCAUCGGGAAUGCUACUUAUGCUAUAAGCAUUUUGGUUAGUUGUGAUUUCAUUUAUGGGGGUGACGACAGAUGGCCUUUCUUCCUGAACGAAUUGCCUUACAUGAUUGGAAGUGCAGGCACUAUAGUGUUUGACAUUGUCUAUUUCUACCAGCUAUGGUUAUACUCAUACAAGGAGCCAAAGGAUUUCGAAGAACAACCAUUGUUGACCAAUAGUUAG